CCGCAAACCCAAUGUUGAAUUUCGUCUCAUGUUGAUGACGCCACCGAAUUUAUCGACUGCUGGGAGCUGACAGGAUUCGUAGUGUUCCAGAAAGACAAGAAGGUUGAUUUUUUUGUACCAAAACAAACGUUUUACCAGUCAAGCAGACUAUGGUCUUGGAUGGACUUGAGUGUUGAGCCUUAGUGAGAUGACUGACCAGGGCAACAACAACAACCACAACAUCUCCUGUAACCCCUUCGCCGCCCUCUUCAGCUCGCUGGCUGAUGCCAAGCAGUUUGCAUCAGGCCAGAAAUCUGGACAGUUACCUACUGAUCAACCACAAGAUGACUCAGGAGAGAGCCAAUCAGAGUCAGAAAACUCUGUGUCGGACAGCGUCGAUGACAACGAUGACUCGGUGGCCGAGAUAAGCAGGUCCUUCCGAUCCCGGCAGGAACUGUGCGAGCAGCUCAAUGUCAAUCACAUGAUCCAGCGUAUCUUCCUCAUCACCUUGGACAACAGUGACCCCAGUCUGAGGGGGGGCAAUGGGAUCCCGCCUCGAUGUGUUUACUUGGAGGAGAUGGCGGCCGAUUUGGAUGGACAGGACUGGCUGGACAUGGACAACAUUGAGCAGGCUCUUUUUAAUCGGUUGCUGCUGCUAGAACCGGGGAACCACCUCAUCUACAUGACAUCAUGCAGCGCCGUGAACCUCUCUGCUGACCGUGACGCUGGAGAGAAGUGCGCCAUCCCUUACCUUUUUGCUUGUUAUCAGAGGGCGAAGGAAGAGGUGACAAAGGUACCAGAGAAGUUAUUGCCGUUCUCUGUUCGCUGCAAGAACCUGACAGUCUCGAACACGCGGACGGUUCUGCUCACCCCAGAGAUCUAUGUCAACCAGCGUGUGUACGAGCAGCUUCUGGAUCUGCUGUUGGAUGCUUUCAGCAGAGCGCAGCCGGAGGAGGUGGUGGAGUUUGUUGAGGAGGUGAUUGCCGGCCUGCUGUCUGAUCAAGAGGUGCGGACUUUCGAAGAAGUGAUGGUUCCAGUGUUUGACAUCCUUCAGGGAAGAAUCAAGGACUUGGAUCUGUGUCAGCCUCUGUUAUACUUCUACCUUGAUGUCCUUCUUUACUUCAGCCACCAGAAGGAUAUUGCCAAGGUAUUGAUGGAGCACAGUCAGCCUAAAGACCCGGCAAAUGGGUUGUUGUACCAGAAGAGCCUUCUAGGAACCGUGUUGAGCGUCUCUUGCUUGCUGAAAACCCCCGGUGUGGUGGAAGGGCAUGGUUACUUCCUCAACCCCUCCCGCUCCAGCUCUCAGGAGGCUAAGGUCCAGGAGGCCAACGUCCACCAGUUCAUGGGGCAAUUUCACGACAAGGUGCACCAAAUCUUUAAAAACCUGCUCCAACGCUCGAGUGACACACGCCACCUGCUGCUGUCAUGGUUGGGAAACUGUCUGCACGCCAACGCCGGUCGGGCCAAGAUUUGGGCCAAUCAGAUGCCAGAGAUCUUCUUUCAGAUGUACGCCUCGGACGCGUUCUUCUUAAAUUUGGGUGCAGCGCUGUUGAAGCUGUGCCAGCCCUUCUGUCGCCCACGCUCACCCAAACUGCUGACAUUUAACCCCACAUACUGUGCAGUCAGAGAGCUAAGUGAAGAGGAGAGGCGCAAUCGCAAUGUGCAUGCAAGAGGUCUUGACAAGGAAACCUGUCUGACCCCCUUGCCCUCGCAGCCCUCACUGGAGCCUGCAGAAUCCUACAGCCUGCUGACAGAAAACCUCGUCCUCACGCAGGUCACCCUGCAUCUCGGCUUCCACAGACUUCACGAACAACUGGUCAAGAUGAACCAGUCCCUCCACCGGCUCCAGGUGACAUGCCAGGAGGCCCAUCAUACAGGAAACCCCAUGUCAGGUCAGCUCUUGGAGCAGUUUGAACGCCUGAUGACUGUCUACCUGUCAACCAAAGCCGCCACCACGCAGCCCGCCAUGCUGCAAUGCUGCCUUAACCUCCACGCAUCCAUUGCUGCUCUGCUGGUUCAGCUUGCUAUGGGAAACCAGGGCCCCGAACAUGUAGCACUCAGUUUUCCGCUGCCCUCUCUGCCGAGCACCAUGCUCUGCUUUGUACCAGAGUUUUUUGCAGAGAACUUGGGAGAUUUUUUCAUAUUCCUGCAUCGGUUUGCCGAUGAUGUUUUGGAGAGCUCUGCUGAAAGUCUGGAACAGAUCCUCAAUUUCAUCACGGUCUUCAUGGGUAAUGUGGAGAGGAUGAAGAACCCGCAUUUAAGAGCAAACCUCGCUGAGGUCUUGGAGGCGGUGAUGCCCCAUAUGGAGCCUGUGGCGCCUGGUGCUCCUCAGCCUAUCGUCUUCCAGCGAGAGAGAGUCUUCUGCUCUUACAAAUAUGCACCUCAGUUGGCAGAAGCCCUUAUCACUGUGUUUGUUGACAUUGAGUUUACAGGUGAUCCUCAUCAGUUUGAACAGAAGUUCAAUUACAGAAGACCCAUGUAUCCAAUCCUCAAGUUCAUGUGGGGCGAAAAUAACUACAGAGAGAGUAUCAAGCAUCUGGCAGACUACGCUUCUAAGAACCUGGAGGCCAUGAAUCCUCCUCUGUUCCUCAGGUUCCUGAACUUGCUGAUGAAUGAUGCCAUCUUCCUUUUGGAUGAGGCUAUCCAGUACCUGAGUAAAAUCAAGAUCCUGCAACUGGAGCGGGAUCGAGGGGAGUGGGAUGACCUGGCCCCCGAUGCUCGACGAGAGAGGGAGUCAAGCCUGCAGAUGUUUGGACAGCUGGGUCGCUUCCACAACAUCAUGUCUAACGAGACCAUCGGCACGCUGGCCUUCCUCACCUCAGAGAUCAAGGGCAUCUUUGUGCACCCUUUCCUGGCUGAGAGGAUCAUCUCCAUGCUCAACUACUUCCUACAGCACCUGGUGGGUCCCAAGAUGGGCGCUCUGAGAGUGAAGGACUUCAGCGAGUUUGACUUCAAACCCCAGCAGCUCGUCUCGGACAUUUGCACCAUCUACCUGAACUUGGGUGAUGAGGAGAAUUUCUGUGCUACAGUCCCAAAGGAUGGACGAUCAUACUCCCCUACCCUCUUCUCCCAGACGCAGCGGGUACUAAAGAAGAUCAACAAGCCUGGGGACAUGAUUGUGGCCUUUGGACUCCUUGCUGAUAAAAUAAAGUCCCAUGCAGAUAGACAGCAGCAGGAGGAGGAGACAUACGCUGACGCCCCAGAAGAGUUCUUAGACCCCAUCAUGUCCACACUGAUGCUCGACCCAGUUCUUCUCCCUUCCUCUAAUGUCACAGUUGACCGCUCAACGAUAGCAAGACAUCUCCUCAGUGACCAGACCGACCCCUUCAACCGCAGUCCUCUCACCAUGGACCAGAUCAGGCCAAACGAGGAGCUCAGACAGCAGAUAUUAGAGUGGCUGGACAAGCAUAAGCAGGAGAUGGCAACGAGUGACAAGACUUGAUGACCACGCCUUCCGUGCCUAAGAAGUGACUGCAUCCAUGUUUGCUUCCACCAUUUUUUUUAAUGACUACAACCUCGCCUACAUGCUACAUACAGACUAUGGAACUCCAUGAUGACAAGUUGUUUGGUUUUGACCUUACAGCGUGGCCAACUAUCACUUUAGUCCUUGCUGAUUAUUUGACAGAUACUUACCAGCUAAAAAGAUUUUAUACUGUUAUACCGCAAACGCAAGUAUUUUUUGGCGCUUUGACGGCAGAAUUAGUAUAUAUAUAUAUUUAUUGAUAAUCACACAAUAACGCAUCAAUAAUCAGGCAGCACUUUGAGUUCAUGCUGCAUGCUGAGUGUAAAUGAAAUUAGAAGUUAAGCUAAAUUUAUCUGUAGGUACAAAUGUAUUCAAAUUGGCGUGGAUUUAAUUUUAGAUCCUUUAUUGUAUUUGUUCUACACCUUACAGUGACAGCGACACAAGCACAGGAAAUACGUAACAAAACAGCAAGUGAAAGUCCACACUAUGCAUCGAGCACAACGCUUCCGUUUUGAAUGUGAAAAAUCUUCGGAAUAUAUUUUAUUCAGUCUGUUUUAAGCUAGAAGUAUUCGCCGGUGCUUUACACUUACAGACAACUGGCAUACAAAGAUGCAUAAUAUAGAAAAUAAUAGUAAAUGUUAGUAUACAAAUGUAUAUAUGUUGUUAAUUAUUUGGAGGUGCUGAACACUCACUUCUCUUGAAAUCCCAAGACGCAAUGCAUUCAAGGCAGAGAGGGUGGAAAGGUUAGUCUUCAUUCAUAUUUUCCAAUGUUAAUUCAACAUUGCCAGUGUUUCAAUCAACAAAUGCAGUACUUAUGGCGGUGCUGGGUGUUAUUUUCCUGCCUGGUAGUGCUUAUAAUGCUAACACCAUUCAACUUCCUGAUUUCCAUUUGAAUCAUUGACAUGGAAACUGUUGACUGAUGAUGGACUGUAGCGUUUUUUGAAAUGAUUCAAUGUUGUGCAGCUGAA